UGACUUUUGUUCUGCAUUUUCGUCUACAGGAGUUCUAAUGUUUAAAAAAGAGUUAUGUUUAAUAAUUGAUUGAACAUAUUUUUUUUAAUUAUUGAUAAUGUUAUGAUAUACAUUUCAAUUUCUAUGUUGCAAUGGGUGGUUAUGUGAGACUCAACAGGAUUUUCAGUUCAAUACUAAGUAUAAUGCUUAAGAUAUGGGCCUAUUCAGGCUUAGCUUUAUUUGCUUGUUUCCUGUUCUACUACAUGUAUGGAGGCUUUAUGGCUUUCCUACUGCUAAUUUUUGCAGCUACUGGUAUAUUAUAUCAUGCUGAGGACAAUUUCCUCUUCUAUCCAGAACUGCCAAGUCACUCCAGAGUGUUUAUUCCUGUGCCGUCAAUGUAUAAUUUGCCUUAUGAAGCAGUGCAGACCAAAAGUUCUGAUGGGACUUUGUUACAUAUGUAUUUUAUUCAUCAGCCUGCUGAGAGACAAAGACACUCACCAACAAUAGUGUUUUUACAUGGAAAUGCUGGAAAUAUGGGACACAGAUUGCAGAAUUGCGUUGGCUUGUACCAUAAUUUACAUUGCAAUAUAUUAUUAGUUGAAUACAGGGGUUAUGGCUUAUCAGAGGGUCAACCAAGUGAGGAUGGAUUGUAUAUGGAUGCUAGAGCAAGCAUUGACUAUUUAUAUUCUAGAAGUGAUAUAAACCAUUCAGAAAUUAUUGUCUUUGGAAGGUCAUUGGGUGGAGCAGUUGCUAUAGACUUGGCCAGUAGGGCUGAAUAUUCAGAUAGAAUCUGGUGUUUGGUUGUUGAAAAUACUUUCACAAGCAUACCUGACAUGGCUAAGGUCCUCCUGCAGUGGAGACUUCUCAAUUAUCUGCCACUAAUGUGUUACAAAAAUAAGUUUCUCUCUCUGUACAAGGUGCUUCAUCUGAGAGUGCCUACGUUGUUCAUAUCAGGCUUAGCCGACACUUUAGUACCACCUAAGAUGAUGUCAGAUUUGCACAGUCGCUGUGGAAGUAUUCGUAAGCAAUUGCUGCAACUUCAAGCUGGCACACACAAUGAGACGUGGACAUUGCAAGGCUACUAUCAUUCACUGGCCGUAUUCUUGCAAAACUGCAGAUUACAAAAAAUGGAUAGAACGCAACUGCAAAGCAAUGUUAACGGUAUUCAUUUCCAGUCGCCCGGCGGUUCAUGGGGAAACAUCCAAAAUAUCUAAUUUAUUUCAGUUUUACUUUAUAAGUGUAUUAUUGUUAUUGUAUAUAUGUUUUAGUGCCAUUUUAUAUAAUGGAUACGUCCAAUUGCAUAUAACGUAUUUAGUGAGAUAUCUAUAAUUGAUUGUGUAGUAUGAAAAACGUGUCGAGUAUUUUUUAAAUCAUCCAGUCAAUAUCAAAACCAAAGGUUCAUUUGCACAUACAUUGAUUUAUGAAUGUAUAAAUGAAUAAUAUUAUUUUAUUCUUAAAAUCUAUA